AUGAUGAUUAGCGCAUCGCCAGAUUACGCCAUAACGAAGCCUCCGGGGAUGGCGCACCACCUGUCGCGCAAGCGGGACAAGCCGUUGCGAACCUACGGCAAGAGGUCGACGGCGACGCCCGAGCCGCGAGGCGAGCCGCCGACGAAGAGGGCGCGGACCGACGGAAAGGAAGCGGAAACGGAUGCGGUAUCAGAACCAUUGCCUGCGAGAGCGGAUGAAGAAAGCGUCGCUAGCAAUGAUGCCGACGUGUCGCACAAGGAGCAGCCAGAGACAGAUCGGAGGAAGCCCGCGUCCAUCCUGAAUUACUUUAAGCCGGUCCCUCGGCCCAAGGAAGCCGCAUUACCAACUGCAGAGCCCGAGAGCACCAUCUCAGAGCCAUCUGCUGCGCAAAGCCGACCGAAGAGGAAGACUCGGCUGCUGCGGAUCAGGGCCACAUCCUCACCGUUGAGUGAUGGCGUCGACGACAACGCAGAUGCGCGCCCCCAAGUCAAGGACAGCGGCGGCAAGGGAAACAGUGAUAAAGACGCCAAUGCCGAUGAAGGCGGUUCCAGGAGAGGCGAACCGUUGCACGAUGGAGGCGAGAACCUCCUCAACCAAACCCGACCCGAGGGCGACGACGUCACCGCCAAAGGUGGCGGGCCGGCCAAGGCCAAGACGCCCACCGUGCAGACCACGCUCAACAUCUCGGCGCAGGCGGCCUUUGCCGAGUGCAAGGUGUGCGACACGGUGUGGAAUCCCCUGUACCCGGACGACGUCAAGUACCACGCGAAGCGCCAUGCCGCGGUGGCCAAGGCCAAGAGGAAGAGAGACGAUGAGCUUUAG